CGUUUUUCUCACGAUUUUCACGUUGUCGGUCGUGUUUGGAAAGAGCUUCCCCAAACACGUGAGCCUUGUGAAGGCGAGAUUCGGGGACACUCUGGGGUACGGGGCGGCAGGGAACCGCUCGCGGGUGCAAAGACUUCGACGUGCAGAUCUUCUCGCAGCGCCGCGAGUUGCCUUUUUGUUACUUUUUGUUGGCCGCUUGCAGGUGGAUCCAAUUCGUGCUACUGGGGACUCUUUGGCUGGGCACCUGUGCGGAUUGGUGUCAACUCGUUGAGCAGUGUUUCAGGUUUGGUCCUGGAUUUUGAAGGUCGUGUUUUCGCGCUCCCCCGUGCCAGGCUUUGUUUUGACAUCGAGGCAUACUGCCCGGGCCUUCGCUGCUUCCGUUGUCAUGGCCAUCAAUGCCAACUGAUCUUUGAGGUUUGGGUCCCAACUCGCCAAUCUGUCAGGCCCCCUGAUCUUUGGCCUAGCGAGGCCCGGACACCCCCCCCCGUCCCGUGCCAGGAUUUGCGCGACUCGCGUUGCUUUUUUGUGUGCUUUUCCCAACCCCGUCAAGCCGCGCCGUCA